AUGGAUUCGGUGGCUCGCUCGAUCUAUUCAGCGCUUCUCGCUCUUGCCUUCUAUUGUAUGAUCUCGGAAUUCAUCUUCAAGGACGAGGAGAGAAGCGGCUCUUUUUUUGGUGUUUCGUUUGCUCAGUGUAGCGGUCUAUUGAAACAGAGCUACAUCUGGGGACAACGAAUGUUCUCAUCGUUCGGAUACAUCUCAAUGUUUUUGCAAUUAACAUUGACACUCAAUCGUUUUCUCGCUCUCUCCUUCGAUGGUCGCUAUUUUCAUCGCGUUCAACAGCACGAGAGACUCCAAGUUCUCGUACCCUGUCUUAUCGGCUUUGUGACGAAAGAAUGGCUCGAAAAGCUGUUUGGUGUUCGAAUCACUUUGGUUGCGGCGACGAUUUCCCUCGAUUUCAUGUUGAUAUACAAGAUGUUGACAAAUGUUUACUUGUUGAAAAAAGCGAUGAAACGAGGUUUGGAGAGAGCCUCAAGACGAGCUCUCGUUCAGCGCGCAUGCAGUGACACACAAAGCUGUUCGACGAGCAAGAAA